GUUCAAAUACGCGCUAAAGUAGACACAAGAGUUUUUUUUAUAUAACAAUUUAUCGUUUUGCGCCGCUUCUCGUCUCGCUUUACGUUCAAAAGUGCAGUACAUAUUGUCGAAACAAAGAUUUAUGAAGUCUGUGGUGGCUCUAUCUAUGGAUCUUUCUCUUUUUAGUUAGCGCUCUCGCUCUGAACAAUUUUGUGAAUUAAGUUACAAUUUUGUGUUUUGUAAGAGUGCGUAAAGUAUUUCUGCAUUUGUGACGAUCCUUAUGAGUGAUAAAUGUUCCCGAUUAGCGCCGCUAAAAUGGACUGUAGCGCAUUAACCGUUAUUGUGAACCUGCGCUGUUUGACAUCGCAAGCGCUGGCCUCCCUCAGGUUUCGAUGACCAUAAGCGUCAGCGGGAAUCAUGAUCGCCAACUUGCCGCUUCUUUUUGCUAACGGCAACCCAACAGCGUUGUCGCUGAUCAAGACCGCUGAGCUGGAGAAGUUCAUAACAUUCAUGGUGACAUGUUCCUGGGGACAUGAUACUGCGAAAGAUAUCCGCCAGCCACCCUGGUGGCCGAAGGAUGUCAUGUUUUCGCACCCUUUUGUGAGGCCCGCCGAGGUGCCCAAGGACUGGGAGACGAGGUUGAAGAACUUAGUGAAGAAAUGUUACGAGUUCCACAAGAGUGCAUUCCUGCUGGUGUUUUCGGCGCAGCUCGCGAGGUAUCCUCGCAAUCGGCUCAGGUAUGUCGACAACCGAGACCACACUACAUCCCUGUACUACCGGCCCAACGGUAGACUUUUAGUUACAUUCAGAAAUGAGAAUCUACAUUACCAUAAAAAUACUCCCAAGAGCACUGAAGACACACAAAUUAAAUCUACUGACAUAUACUUGUGUGAUAACUGUGACAGCCACUUUGACAACUUGGAUAUUCUGAGAGCACAUGAGAGGCUAUGCAACAAUGAAAACAUCCCAUCAAGUACUAUCAGUGGCGGUCUGCCUGAGUUUCUCUCGGCUUUAAAACUUCACCCGUUGGGUCAAAAGUUUGAGGAACCUGUGAAAUCUGAUCCUGAUGAUGGCACAAAGCCAAAGAAUCCUAGAAAUGCUGCCAGCAUUGACCGGGGCCCACCAUAUCCAUUUUCCUCACUUGCCUACAUGCGGAAUGCCAAAACAAAUUCCCAGAGGGAUUUGAGUUUUUCCAGAGAGCGAAUUGAAAGAUUUUGCUGCACCACAACUCCUUUUAGUAAAAAUUAUAAUGUUAAAAUAAAAAACCAGCAGUUCCCUGUGAGGUACAGGCGGCCUCUGAGCUACUGGAACAGAAAUUAUGUUUUUCCUUAUCAAAGAAAUAAAAAGGUACUCGACAUUAAAGCACAGUUGCUGCUUCUCAAGUGUAAACCGAUCACCGUCAAUAUAGAUAGAAUGUCAGAAAAGAGAAUACAGGAGUACCUGGAUAAUUUGAGGAAAGAAAGAGAAAGUAAACAACAGUGCAUAGAAGAUAAAGACAUUGUAUUUGUGGACGGACUUGAUUGUGAUCAGCCAGCAGAUUCUGAGACGAUGGACCCAUUGAAGCGCUUGGACAAUGAUUGUGAGGUUAUUGACUUGUGUUCAGACGAUGAGACUCCUAGUGUUAACGAGAAUUGUGACCCUCGUGCGGGAGUGACGUGCGUGAUCCGCGGCGGCGCCGUGCUGCGGCGCACGGCGGCCACGCCGCAGGCGCUGCCGGCCGAGCCCUGCGGCGCCCGACAGCGCCCUCUGCCCGCCGCCGUGCUGCAGCCGCAUCCCGUCAUACUCAUUGCGCAUACGCAUCCUCUCAACAAUUUACAGACUAUAUCCAUAGAUUGAAUUUCUUGUAUUUAAUAUUUAUCGUUAGGUACAUUGCUAAUUAUUAUUUAUUAUUCCUUCAUGAUUAAAAUUUUAAUGUCAA